CUGACAUCAGUCUGUGUCUAUGUGGAGUACGGCCAGUCAACUGGCUAUUGCUACUUUAGGAGUGUUCGUUGCCCACAGGACUGAAAGAAUGUAAGGGAAGGCAGAGAGAUGAGAGCCUGAUUGGCUGACAGAGAAACAAAGGGAAUAGAGAACUUUAGCUCAUCGAGGUGGAGACUAGUCUCAUUGCAUCGCAGAUAAAGAGAGGAACCUUUGGCUGCCACAACACAGCCAUCAUAGAGAACCAGCCUCUCUUUUUCAUCACUCUCUCCUUGUUCUCUCUGGCCUUGUAUCGGCUGCAAACAAACGCAAGAUCCCCAAGACCAAAGGCUUUGGGCACCAGUCUCGCACUAGUCCUCGAAGAAAAAUCCACCACAGCUGCUCCUCUUCCUGCCUGCCUCUGGAAGCUCGCUCCUGGCCCACUUUGAUCGACCUAUUGGCCGCUCUGUUUCUCCGGCUUCAUCGAUUCCAGGAUGGACCGCUCAGCGCGGGAGCUGUUCAUCAACUUCAUGAUUGUCUUAUUCACGGUCCUACUCAUGUGGCUGCUCGUCAAAGCAUACCAGAACUGAACCCGCUAAUGGAAAAAAUGGAUGAAACAUGUUCUGGAAGGGAGGGGGGUUUGGACAUAACCUGGCACGGUAGUUUGGUUAAAGAGACCAUGUGCCGAGCGUUUACAGCAAAGGAUAUGCUGUGAAGAAUGGUUCAGACAUGUUGCAUGCUCAGCUUUUUAUUCCCAGUCUAGCGGCACACUGUUUAGAAUGUGACCUACAUUGUAUUCAUGGUCAGGUUAAUGUCUUAGAUAAAAUACAGAGAAUAUAUUGCUGAAGUAAUAACUCAGAAAUACUUUGUUGUUUCAUAUUAGGUCAAAAAUAUAAGAGAUGGAAUCAAA